AUGAGGACCUUCAAGGCUUUGUCGCUGGCCGCACUGGUCUAUCUUCCCAGUGUACCCGGCACGAUCGCGGCCUUGACAUUGCACAAACGAGAGAACCCUGCGGUCCUGGCUCUGCCAAUCACCAAACGAUCCAACGACGAGUCAUUGCGCAAGCGAAGCUCUGAUGUUGUUAGCACCGAAUUGAUCAAUCAGCACAAUAUCCAAUACUUGGUGAAUAUCACAGUCGGCUCUCCGGGUCAAUCUGUGAUGUUGAGCAUCGACACUGGCAGUAGUGAUAUGUGGGUGAACGUGCCCAAUUCCAAGUACUGUGAGGGAGAUGGUGCUCCGUGCGCUGAGGGAGGCGUAUUUGACCCCAAAAAGUCGUCAACUUACAAGAAGUUCGACUACGACAUCAAAGCCACGUAUGUUGCGGGCAUGUUGGCUAAAGGCCCUUAUGGUACGGACAAGGUCGAGAUAGGAGGCGUGACAGUGAAGAAGGCAGAAUUUGCUGUUGCGGAUGAGAGUCACAAUGAUUAUGGUAUUCUCGGAAUUGGGUAUAAAGCUUCUACCUACGCGUCCUACGCGCUCCAGCGCGAAUACGCGAAUCUUCCUCAGGCUCUUGUGGAUAGUGGCGCGAUCAAGUCCGCAGCUUACAGUGUGUGGUUGAACAAAGUCAACAACGUUGGAAACCUACUCUUUGGCGGCGUCAACAAGGCGCAGUAUGAGGGUGAAUUGCAGACUCUGCCCAUUGUUCCAAAUCGAGGGAAAUAUACGUCACUUGCUCUGGCUAUAACUGGAAUCACUUAUGGAAACUCCAAAGACACGAAAAGCAUCUCGCAGGGGUUGCCCCUCACUGCGAGCCUCGACUCCGGCAGUACUCUGAUCUGGCUGCCCAAGGAAAUGGUUGACCCAAUUCUCAAGUCCCUGGACGGUGCCUACUCUUCCCUGGCCAAUGCAGCUCACGUUCCUUGCGAGAAGGCCGUUACCGACUUCAACGUGACUUUCAGUCUUUCUGGCGUCAAGAUCUCAAUCCCGGUGAGCGACCUAGUUUUCUCUGCCAGCAAUUACAAGGGAGUUCCCGCAAAUCACUGUAUCUUUGGCAUCUCUUACGGCGAGCCAGGAGUUAGCCUGCUGGGCGAUACGUUCCUGCGAAGCGCCUAUGUCGUGUACGAUCUCGAUAACAAUCAAAUCUCACUGGCCCAGGCCCGAUACAACCCAGGCAAAGACGAUAUCUACGAGAUCGGCACUGGGAAGGAUGCGGUCCCGGGAGCUAAACACGUUGCUUCCGCGGUCUCCUCUGCCACUGGGAAUGGUGUCGAUCCUACAAACAUGCCGGUGACACCUGGAGCGACUGGAGGCAUUUCCACAAUGACUCAGUCCACCGAGACGGGUUCUUCCACUGGGACCGUGACUCAAACUGCCGCGACCGGAGGAUCUUCCACGGGCAACAACUCGCCAGCGUCAAGUACCUCGUCAGGUCUCGCAGACCUACCCACCGCCAGAUCGCAAUUUUUGUUGCAGGGAGCACUUGGUGCUGGAUUGCUUUUGGCGCUGUGA